AUUCAACAUAGACGAUGUCGGCCCAUCCAGAAGUACUUUGGGCACAACGGAGCUCUGACUCUGUAGCAGAAAAGAACAUCGUAUACUUGACUGUCAACCUCCCUGACAUUGUCGAAUCAUCGUUAGAAUAUAAUCUUACUCCUACAAGUAUUUCUUUCAAGGCAAAAGCAGGAUCUGAUGGAAAAGACCACGCUUUCAGUUUUGACUUAUUCUCUGAGGUCGUACCUGAGGUAUAUCUAAAAAAAACAUUCACCCUCCGUUCCUUCGCUGUUGUCUUACGGAAAAAGGAAUUAAAUUCCGAAUUCUGGCCGCGUCUUACAAAGGAGAAAGUGAAAACGCCAUUUGUUAAGACCGAUUUCAGCAAAUGGGUUGACGAGGACGAGCAAGAUGGUGCCCCGACAGUCGACGAGGAGGACUUAGGUGGAAUGGGUGGUAUGCCUGGAAUGGGUGGUAUGCCAGGAAUGGGCGGUAUGCCAGGAAUGGGCGGUAUGCCGGGGAUGGGCGGUAUGCCAGGGAUGGGCGGUAUGCCGGGGAUGGGUGGCAUGGGUGACAUGGGCGGUAUUGACUUUCAAUCGAUGAUGUCGCAGAUGUCAGCUGGGGCAGGAAGUGCAGAUGCGAUUCAGGAUUCCGACUCUGAUGGUGAUGAUGGUCCCCCACCACUCGAAGAAGUUGAGCCCAAAGUAUAAACAAAGUCGUAGUAGUGAACACGAACAAAUAUCUCAAUGCUGUACAUCCUAAACGAAAAAUUCCUUAUUGAUAAGGAAACGCUCCAUAGUUGGAG